CGGCGACCUGUAUAGCCACCACGUAAGAACCAACUGUGACAAUGAGCGACCCGAUAACUCAGUCCAAUUACGAUCAAGUCUACACCGAACAUGUCUCGUUCAUCUGGGCCAUCGACUGGGAAGCAAAGACCGUCAGCGGGGAGGCAGUUCAUGAUCUCAAGGUAAAGGUCGAUGGAGUAACAGAAGUAAUCUUCGACACGGCAGAUCUGGAUAUCAGUAAAGUCUCUGUGCAAGACAAACCAGUCACCUACGAUGUCAAAGGGAAGCAUUUCGUAAUGGGCUCUGCUCUCCAUGUUCCUCUUGGCAGUGGACUCAAGGCUGGAUCAACCGUCAAGGUAUCAGUGCUAUACAAGACGACCAAGGAUUGUAUUGCGCUUCAAUGGUUGGACAAGGAACAAACCAAGGGAAAAAAGUUUCCGUACCUCUUCAGUCAAUGCCAGGCCAUCUAUAUGCGAACUCUUGCGCCUGUCCAAGAUACUCCGUCUGUCAAGAUUACAUACACGGCCAAAGUUACGUCCGUUCUUCCAGUCCUUCUAUCCGCCAUCCGACAAUCGCCACCCUCGGACGGCCCCGCUCAUGGAGGAAAAAUUGUAGGAAAGGAUCUUGUCGAAUACAUCUACCACCAGCCCGUCCCCAUACCGUCCUAUCUGAUAGCCAUUGCGUCCGGAAACGUCGUUUAUCGACCCUUCCCCAAGUACGAAGACAGAAAUUGGACUAGCGGUGUCUGGGCAGAGCCAGAGAUGAUUGACGCUGCUUAUUGGGAGUUUUCUGAAGACACAUGCAGAUUUUUGAGGGCGGAAGAAGACAUCGUCACCUCGUAUAGAUUCGGCGUAUACGAUCUCCUUGUCCUCCCGCCUUCCUUCCCUUACGGUGGCAUGGAAAAUGCUUGCCUUACCUUUUUAACACCCACGCUGCUGACCGGCGACCGGACCCUUGUCGACGUCGUUGCUCAUGAGCUCACCCAUUCUUUCUUCGGUAAUGGCGUGACUCACGCUCACGCAACCCACUUCUGGCUCAAUGAAGGCUGGACGACCUACAUGGAGCGCCUCCUUUUGCAGGUCAUCCAUUCCCCGGCCGACCGAGGGUUUUCCUUCCUUAUUGGAUACAAGAGUCUAGUCGAUGAUCUGGAAUUGUAUGCGGACCGACCCAAGUACCAGCGAUUGGUCAUCGAGUUUGAAAAGGGCGAAGACCCGGAUGACGCAUAUAGCAAGGUUCCUUAUGAAAAGGGUGCCAAUCUGAUCCUUCACCUUGAACGGACUAUUGGUGGCCUUGAUGUUUUCCUUCCCUACGUCAGCGACUACGUCAACACAUUCAUGGGCAAGAGCAUCACCACUGAUGAAUGGAAAGCACAUCUGUAUGCUUACUAUGAGAAACACGGCAGUCCCGAGAAGAUCAAAGCCCUGGAUAGUAUUGAUUGGGAUGCGUGGUUCUACGGCGAAGGCACAAGUCUGCCUGUGACCAUGGAAUAUGACACUUCCUUGGCUACGAAAGCUUAUUCCCUUGCUGAACGCUGGGAUGCCUCACGGGCCACUGAAGUUUCCAAGCUCAGUUUCAAGUCCGAUGAUCUUAGUGGUUUCAACUCCAACCAGACAGCGGUAUUCCUCGAGCGCCUCCAAUCAUAUCUUCCCCUCCCCUCUGACCUCCUCACGCACCUUGGAUCCCUCUACGGCCUCUCAACAACCCACAAUGCCGAAAUCCGCUCGAGGUUUUACCAGCUCGCUUUGAUGGAUGUGUCGUCUCCAGCUGCCCCCAGCUUUGCGGCUUCGGCGGCAAAUUGGGUUAUUGGAGAAGGGACGGGUGCAGUGGUGGGAAGGAUGAAGUUCUGCCGAGAUAUCUUCCGAGCGGUGUUCAAGGUCGACAAGGAUACAGCUUUGCAGGCGUUUGAGAAGGAGAAGAUGUCGUUCCAUCCUAUUGCGAGAAAGAUGAUUGAGAAAGAUCUGGGUCUAGCUUGAAAAGGCUGCGAUGUUUAAUUGCUUCCGGCAUGCAAUCAACCUACUCCAUUGUGUACAUUCUUUGUUAUUCCCUUGACAUGACGUACAUACUAGCAGAUAGGAUAUCAGGAUCCUCCAAGGGAUGUCGCACAUUAUGAAUUUUUUUGUGGAAAGAAAG